UUGAGUCGCACAGAAGGCUUCUUGCAUAAUACAAAGAGCUAGCCAGCCGCAUCGUCGUCUUUGCUCGGCAGAAGCUCCUUAUCUCCUCCAACCAUGGCUGUAGGCAAGAACAAGAGGAUUUCCAAGGGGAAGAAGGGAGGCAAGAAGAAGGCAGCGGAUCCCUUCUCCAAGAAGGAUUGGUAUGAUAUCAAAGCUCCUGCAAUGUUCACCCAUAAGAAUGUCGGGAAGACUCUCGUCUCCCGUACUCAGGGUACCAAGAUUGCUUCAGAAGGACUCAAGCACAGAGUGUUCGAGGUUUCCCUUGGUGACCUUCAAAAUGAUGAAGAUCAUGCCUUCAGGAAGAUCAGGUUGAGGGCUGAGGAUGUGCAGGGCAAGAAUGUUCUGACUAACUUCUGGGGAAUGGAUUUCACCACAGACAAGCUGAGGUCUUUGGUCAGGAAAUGGCAAACAUUGAUUGAAUCCCAUGUUGAUGUGAAGACAACUGACAACUACACUUUGAGGUUGUUCUGCAUUGCUUUCACUAAGAGGCGCCCAAAUCAGGUCAAGAGGACCUGCUAUGCCCAAUCUAGCCAGAUCAGACAGAUCCGGAGGAAGAUGAGGGAAAUUAUGAUUGCUCAGGCUGCAUCUUGUGAUCUUAAGGAGUUGGUACAGAAGUUCAUCCCUGAAGCUAUCGGAAAAGAGAUUGAGAAGGCAACCUCGGGAAUCUAUCCCCUGCAGAACGUCUUCAUCAGGAAAGUGAAGAUCUUGAAGGCACCUAAGUUCGACAUCGGCAAAUUGAUGGAGGUCCAUGGUGAUUACUCUGAAGAUGUUGGUGUGAAGGUAGAAAGACCUGCAGUUGACGAAACAAUGGCUGAAGCUGCACCACCUGCUGAAGCUGCUGCUGCUUAAGGAGAUAGAUUGAAUGAACCUCCUGUAGGGCUUCCCAUUUCCAGUUCCCCCGAGUUGUGUCAGAUUAAUUUUGUUUUGGAACUAUGCUUCUCAGAGUACUUUGCUAGGAAAGAUGCUUUUGGACGCAAAGUUUGUGCUUUUGAUCAAUUUUAAGUGCUUUAUAUACAGUUUUCUCUAGUAAUGAAAUCUGUUCCGUAAUCAUUACUUUAUUUCCUUAUCCUCCUUAAUUGUUGCUUGGUUUUGCUGGUGCUAUGGCGUUCAGUUUCCGCACUCCUGGCCUAGCCUUGGAACUGAAAAUUUGCUCGGCAACGUGCAGUUCAUCUUCACUGUGCUGUGUGAGUGUUCCAAAGCAUUAAAAUUUG